CGAAGGGGUCGCGGCCAUUGUGCUGGUGUGUGAAGUCGACUAUUUUGGCGUGGUUUGCCGUGUGCACUGUCUGAUUCGCCAUGUCCCGUUACCUGCGCCCUCCCAACACGUCGCUCUUUGUCCGGAACAUAGCGGACGAUAUCAGGUCUGAAGAUCUUCGUAGAGAAUUUGGUCGAUAUGGGCCUAUUGUUGAUGUAUAUGUCCCCCUUGAUUACUACAAUCGACGUCCUAGGGGAUUUGCGUAUGUUCAAUUUGAAGAUGUCCGCGAUGCUGAGGAUGCUUUGCAUAACCUGGACAGAAGAUGGAUUUGUGGACGCCAGAUUGAAAUUCAGUUUGCACAGGGAGACAGAAAAACGCCCAAUCAAAUGAAAGCCAAGGAGGGUAGCAGCUCCUACGGUUCUUCACAUUAUGAUGAUGGUGAUAGACACAGGCGGUCUAGAAGCCGCAGUUAUGAGAGGCGACGGUCUAGGAGCCGGUCUUAUGACCAGAACUAUGAGAGAUCUUACAGUCCUAAAGGGCGAUCUGAUAAACAGCACCGAAGCAGAAGUCGAUCACAUCGUGGCAGAUUUAAUCGGCGGCAGCGAUCACAAUCCAAGUCUAACAGUAGGUCUCACUCCAAAUCACAGCCAAGAGAAGAAAGGAAAGAGAGGCGAUCUGGAUCUGGGUCACAUUCUAGAUCGAAAGCAGAUGGCAAAUGCAAAACCACUACUAGAGUGAGCCGGGAGUCCAGAAGAGAAGGCCACGAAAGAUCAAAGUCUCCAUCACAUUCUGAGUCCAGGUCACGAUCAAAAUCAAGAUCUCGAUCUUGGAAUAGUCACAAAUCCAGUGGUCAUUAAUUUCUUUCCCCUGAGCAGUUUUAUCCAUGAAAAUGUGAAGGGUUUUUUUUUUAUUCUAAGGUUGUUAGAACGCUACACCUCAUUUUAUGUCUGACAGCGAAUGAUCAAAGUAUUUUAGGCCAUCAACCUAAUUAAGCAGUCUGCUUACUAAUACAAACAUUCUGGUUCUCUCAGAUAGGGCCUUUUAAAACAUUUUAUACAGCCGUUUGGAGUUUUGUUGGAGUUUGAUUGUUGUGCCUGGAUGAGUUUGUUUAGUUGAAUGGCACUGAAAAUGUUCUAAGGCCCAACAAGUGUGUGCAUCUCAAUUUCCU